UGACGUUUAUGGGAUUUGGGAUUAUUUCGAGGUUGCUUUUCGAAGUUCCAAUAUUUCCGAUUCGAUUUCAAAAUGUCUUUGUGGGCGACAUUAAACCGCAAUGUUUUCAAAAGAACUUCGACCUUUGCUGUAGCAGUUGCUGGCGGUACAUUCUUCUUUGAAAGAACCUUUGAAUUGAUAUCAGUUUCCCUAUUUGAGAACAUAAACAAGGGUAAACUGUGGAAGGACAUCAAAGACAAAUAUGAAUGAAGAGGAAUAAAACAUCAGCAAUUAUAAUGGAAUAAUUUAUUAGCUUAUUUAAUUAAUAUUGUUAACAUGAUUAAACUAUCAUAACAAGA